GGUACGUAACACCUGUUGUUGUUGAUUCCUGUCAGCUCGAUCUCUGUCAGUCGGUGUCCCGGUCCUGGAGGGUUGAGGAUCCCGGCGUGUUCGAGGUACCGGUCGGAGGAACCUGAGACUCUGGAAACGUCCCUCAAUCCACCGGGAGUUUCGGCUCCUGCUCGGCACUCGGACAUGUUGUUACUCCUUCUCCAGUUCGUGCUCGUUGUGGUGAACGCGGAAGCUGAAAGGGAAGUUCAGCUUCCCUUAGUUGGUGUCCUUGGUUCAUCAGUUUUACUGGAUCCUGAAAUCACCGUUGGUUCCAGCAAGAGUGAAAUCCUUUGGACUUUCAAAGGCAGCAACAAAAGCCAUGAUGUUAUUUUGGAUCACAUCCCAGGUGUCGCCACAUCGGAACCAAGUGAACAGUUCAAGGACCGUUUACAAUUCAACGCUUUGAGUGGUGCACUGACGAUAAGCAGAUUAAAUGCCAGUGACCAAGGAGAUUACACCUUCACUGUUGAUGGGAAAGAGUUGAAAAUAAUGGAGUUGCUUGUCAUUGAUAAUGUUAAAGAAGAGGUUGGUCUCCUUAGCUCAUCAGUUUUACUGGAUCCUGAACUCAAAGUUGAUCCCAGCAAGAGUGAAAUAGUUCGGAACUUCAGCAGCAGGGACAUUUUGCGUCAUGUCCCAGGUCACAGCUUAGUGGAACUGAGAGACCAGUUCAAGUUUCGUCUGCACUUUAAUACUUCUAAUGGUGCUCUGACUGUGAAUGGAGCAGAACAUGGUGACCAAGAAGAUGACACCUUCUUUGUGGAUGGACAAAUGCUGAGGAGAACAGAACAGCGCCACUUUGGGCUUUCUUUCAAGGAAAUUAUAGUGAGUGCUGCAUCAACUGCAGGACAGGUGAUUUCUGUAUCACCUCUUCAUUCAGCCAUGUUGCCAGACCAGUGGAGGUGGAAAACCCUCGGAGGAACUCUGGGAAACACAUUUUAUAUUUCAAUCCUAUGUAUCUGUAAUUCUUUAUUGCUUAUUACCAUGUACAUUAUGCCACUUUAUUGGACUAUGGAUGGAGUUUCAGGCUUUUUAACAAUGCACUUUGUGCUGAUUGUUGUGAUGAUCGCAGGACAAGGGCUUUCUUCACUUUUUAUCACAGUUCUUCUGGAUGUGACCAGGAAUUCGAAAAUUCUUGAAGGUUCUCAAUCAAUCAGAAUUUGGUUGAAGUUGAAAGCCGUCUGUGAUAUUGUCCUCAAGGAUUGUUUCAUCAUUUUCUGUUUCAUUUUCAUUCCGAUGUAUGGCCUUUCCAAAACGGCAAUUGUUAGUAUCGCCUUGUCAAUCGUGCUGCCAUUUGUGAUCAUUUUAAUUCUGAUGUAUUGGUUCCUAAAGAAGAGUUUGGAUAAAGGAGAAGGUGAGAGGAACCAACGGAAUGAAAGGAAAGUGCGUGGAUGUUCCUUCAAGGCCAUUUUAAUUGCUGCCUUGUGGUUUGUUUUCCUGAUGUUGCCACUUACAAAUGUUAUACGUGUGCUGUACGUAAUCUGCAGGAAUCCUAAUGAAGAAUUGGUGUUCUUCGAAACUGGUAUCUUUAACCUGAUAUCCUUAAUGACCAUUACUGUCCUUACUUUGAUUCCAGUUAUAUUUGCAGGUUUUUACUACCCUGUAAUGCUUGCUGCAUCAAUCAUAGUGGACGUGUUGUUCCUGAUGCUUUUUAUUGCAUUGGUGAUCUUUUGGUACAGAGGCUUUCACAGACUGAGAAGAUGGACGUCUGUCUAUAAUGUUCAUUUUCUCACUGUCAUCAACAUUGCUACAAUUUUCUGGAUGGUGUUUGAUGGCCUCAGACCAGAGGAUGUCGGAGUUGCCAUUGCAUCGAUGGUGGGACUGGCUUUUUCUACAGCAUAUGCUAUUAUAUUCAUGUGCUGGUCAUGGAAAGGAUUUCCAGAAGACAAGCAGUGGUGGUGGUGCCUGAAUAUUAGUAACAUUGUGUCUCUUGUCUCCAUCCUCAUUGCCCUCAUUUGCUGGACUGAAAAAAACUUCAAGACCAGCAUUUCAAUGUGGAUCAUAUUCACUCUAUCAGCAGUCACAGUUGUGACAACAUUAUCCAGAUACUUUCCAGUUUGCAGCAGAAACAAAGGAACUAAUGGAAACAACCGUGCUGAAAUGGAACAGGAUCAUGGAGAAAUGCAAGAAUUACAAACUCUCAGCCCAGGUCAUGAAGCUUAACCAGAAAAUCAUCCGGUCAGUUAGAAGGGACACGGCAGCCUUCAGUUCCAGAGGUGACUGUGUCCCUGCUGUAGACUGGAGCCUGGAAAAUCCUUCCCUCUGACAGUGGGAACAUGGUGCUCUUCAGCUGUAACUUUUUGUAGUAGUUGGUUCAUUCCCACUCAUUGGCAGAUUGUGACAUGUCAUCUAAACUAGCGAUUUAUCACCUUUUUCUGUUCUCUUUGACUAAGUAUUAGCACAUUAAAUAUGUAGCCUAUUAAUCAGUUUAACCCUUUGUAAAGGAUUUAUUAGCUUAUCAAUGAAGGUGAUGGAUUUUUCAGAGGCACAAUUUUUGAUAGCUGUAUUCUUGGCCAAUCAGAAAUUAAACAGAGAUCCAUCUCCAUUUUCUGCAAGUAUUAAAACUGCUCUGGCUGCUACACUAAUGCUGUCAUCAGAAAUCCCGUAAAGAUUGUGAUUUUCCCCAGUACCAAUACCAGGUAGAGCAUUUCCUCACAAAAUCCCUCCCAUUUCUGUACAGUGAGCAGUGAAACUGCAAUAAAACUCUGUAGGAGUUUGAGUGUUGUAUUGGAGGGUGAUUUGGGGAUAUUUUAAUCCUAUACUCUAUAUACAAGUAUACAUUUGUAUUUUAAACAUGUUAACUGAUGCCUCUUUAUAUGCCAUUGUUGAUUAAAUAAUCAUUGCUG